GCCCGACCACGAAUGUUUUAAAUAUCUGACCCCGCCGUCCACGACAUUUCAGGUUGUCUUUUCCACCCUCGACAACUGAAUAACUGGUAGUACUUGGACUGCCAGCACGAUGGCAUACUGCACUGUAGCUACGAAUCCCAAUCCCAGCGACGCGGAGAAUCCGCCCCAUGUCGCCGACGAGGAGCAGCCACUGCUCUCUCCAUCUCCAAUUCCAGAUGCAGAUCCAGACGCCUGGAAGCCACCGAAAGGAUUCCUCUGGAUCGAAGUUGCCAUCUUCGCAAACGUCUUCCUCUCCGGCUUCGAUGGCACAAUCACAGCCUCGACGUACGCGCUCAUCAGCUCCGAGUUCAACGCCGCGAAUACAUCGUCCUGGCUCACGACCUCGUAUCUCAUUACGAGUACCGCGUUCCAGCCACUGUACGGCCGGUUCUCUGACAUCUUUGGCCGGCGCGCGUGCUUCUUUACGUCGACGGUUACGUUUCUCCUGGGGUGUUUGGGCUGUGCGGUUGCGCAGAAUGUUAUUUUUCUGAAUCUCAUGCGCGCACUCACUGGGAUUGGUGGGGGUGGGUUGAUGACGAUGGCAACAAUCAUCAACUCGGACAUGAUCCCCUUCCAGCGCCGCGGCAUGUACCAAGCAGCGCAGAACGUCCUGCACGGCUUCGGGUCCAUCUGCGGCGCGUCCCUGGGCGGAUCCAUCGCAAACACAAUCGGCUGGCGCUGGUGUUUCCUCCUCCAGGUCCCCGUCUCCAUCUUUGCGCUCUUCGUCGGACGCGUCGUUAUCCCCAAGCGCCAGAAAGCGGACACCACCAAUGAGCCCAAGACGAGUGUCUGGAAACAGGUCGAUCUGACCGGUGCGCUGCUGCUCAUCCUGGGUCUGUCGGUGCAGCUUGUUGGGUUGAGUCUAGGCGGGAAUGAGCUGCCCUGGGGGAAUGCGUGGGUGGUGGGCUCGUUGGUUGGGAGUGUGGUUCUUCUGGGGCUGUUCUUCCUCGUCGAGGCGAGGACGUCUGCUAUCCCGGUUAUCCCGCUGCGGAUGCUUCACGGCGUUCUUCCUGUCUCGACGCAGAUUGCCAAUAUCUGUGUUGGCAUGGCUGCUUAUGCUUUCCUCUUCAACCUCCCGCUCUUCUUCCAAAUCGUCCUCCUCGACAGCGCCUCCAAAGCCGGCGCCCGCCUCGUCAUCCCCUCCCUCGCCACCCCAAUCGGCGGCCUCCUCUCGGGAAUCAUCAUGUCGCGCUACGGCAAACUCUCGUACCUCAUGCGCGCCGGCGCAACGCUCAUGUUCCUCGGAAAUCUCCUCGUCAUGGCGCUGCAGUUUUCCGACUCGGAGUGGAAGUACUUUGUCUAUGUCAUCCCGGCGAAUCUCGGCCAGGGCGUCGUCUACCCGGCGAUUCUGUUUACGUUUCUGGCGGCGUUUGGCCAUGAUGACCACGCCGUCUCCGCCUCCACCGUCUACCUAAUCCGCAGCCUCGGCACCGUCUACGGCGUCGCCAUCACGUCGACAAUCGUCCAGAACCACCUCGUGCGCGCCCUCCCGGACGCCCUGCACGGAGUACCGGAGAAAUGGAAAGUAAUCGACUCGAUCCGCCACUCCGUCUCGGCAAUCUACGACCUUGAGCCCGAGAUCCAGCUUGCGGCGCGCCACGUGUACUACCAGGGGAUCAAGAUGGCGUUUGGGGCGAGUGCGGCAUUUGGGGGUGUGGCGGCGCUCGCGGCCAUGUUUGCGCGGGGGAGGGGGUUGAAGAGGGCGGGGGAAUCUUAGAUUGGAUGAAUCGUGAAUUCAACGGCAGGUGUUUCCGGUGAGCGGCAAGUUCUAUGGUCAUGGUGUGGUGGUGCUGUGCAAUUGCCAAGUACCUAUAGGAAAGGCGCAGUUUGAGAAGGAGUAUUAGGUAGGUAUGGUAGAGGAGAGGAGAGGAGAGUUGAUCGUUGGAUGGCCGGUCCGGUGUGCAAAGGGAGAGGAGGUUAAAGAGGAGGAAAAGAUGGUGUUUUAACUUGGUAGAUCAAAUAUAAGGUAUGAUUGUUUCGUUCGCGUCGAGUAAUCGCGGGGAGAGAUUGGGAAAGUACAGGUUCAAAACACAAAAUGCCCGCAUCUCUACUUGCUAUCAGUAC